AUGUCCAACUAUACUUCCACACUCCACCCGUACUAUCCCCUUGGCGUCGCCAUUCCAGACUAUAAUGCCAACACCCUUUCGACGCUGAAUAUCUUUGCUAUCUUCGCCACCGCUUGUUCCGCAGCCUUGCUACUAGCAUUGUUUUUCAUCCGGGCCGUGCAGCCUCAGAUAUCUACCGGCGAAUUGGCCAGAGCAUUGUGGUUCAUGCUAUGCGGGAGCAUUCAUCUAGUUCUUGAAGGUUACUUUGCUCUCAACCAUGUCGCCGGCAGCAGUACUGUUCUCUCUCAGCUGUGGAAGGAAUACUCGCUCUCCGACUCGCGCUACCUGACCCGGGACGCCUUUACAGUGUGCAUGGAAACCAUUACCGCUUUCGCUUGGGGACCGCUCUCGUUCCUCCUGGUCUACCUGAUCGCCACCGCCCACCCGGCUCGGCAUUUCGUGCAGACGGUCGUCAGCCUCGGUCAGCUGUACGGCGAUGUGCUGUACUACGCCACCUUUUUCCACGAGGACCUGGUCCGCGGCAUUGAGUUCUCCCGGCCCGAGAGCUAUUAUUUUUAUGGAUACAUGGUCCUGAUGAACUCGUUUUGGAUCGUGAUCCCGGGACUGCUCCUGGUGCAGUCGGGUGUUGCGACGGUGGAGGCUUUUGCGAGGGCGGGGAAGACGGCAAAGAGGGACUAG